UAAAAGUGAAACUAUACUAAAAGUGCCCUGGGGCAUUUGGGAUCACUGGCAGUCCAGGGCCCAGGAACAGUUGCCUGCUUGAUAAUCCAACGUUGUAGAAAUUCCAAAGAUGGAUCCGACUGAUCAUGUAGGCUAGUUCACCAUCUGACCUCUAAUGUGACCCCAAAUUCUAAAUUAUUUUUCCCUUACUGAAUAAUGAAAUGAACUUUGUAAUUGAACAGGUGUCAGUUUAUUGUUGCUAUGUGCACUAAGUGUAUUUAUGUUUGUCUGUGCAGGUUUGUUGCAUAUAAUAUUAAAUUCUAUCCUAAUCAUCUGACUGCUAAGCUAUCAGGUCUGAAAUCAGUCAAAAUGUCAAAGAUUUAGGAAUGUUUAGAUGACAACAUCACGUGGUGCAGGUCUGAAUCAUAGCCUUGAGUUGAUAGGGCAGCAGUUCCCAUACAAACAUGCACUACAUGAAUGGUCAGGUUAAACGCUUCUUCCUCCUAAACGUACUGCCAAAAAUCGUUUGGCUCUUUUGUCGUUGAAAUCGUUGUUGAUUUGAUGACAGCCAGUGUAUUUGAUGGUCAUGUAAAGACUUUCCUUUCUAUGCUGUCCCGCUCUGUGCUCUGAAUCCUCUGCAGUCCGCAUCAGAAAAGUAUCUUGGCAUCACUUCUCGUCAUUCCUCCGGUGUCCGUUCCGGCGUCAUGUGAUUCAUCGUGGGUUCUCUCGCCCGAGACCGGACCCUCCUCCGUUGAGCUCAUUCGUCAGUGCCGACGUCCUCGCCCCGGUAGUCCCAGUAGGGUAGAGUCCCUCUCCCCGCUGUCAUCGGUUUGUCCUGCACUCGUCGGCGUGCGGUGGAGCGGAGGAUGAGCGAGCAAGGGAAAAGCUCGGCAUCCGCCUCUGUCGCGGCCCCGGCACCAGGGUCAGACACUUACAAAGGCUGGCUUUUUAAAUGGACCAACUAUUUGAAAGGGUACCAGCGACGAUGGUUCGUCCUCAGUAAUGGCCUUCUUUCAUAUUACAGGACGCAGGCAGAGAUGGCACAUACGUGUCGUGGAACAAUUAACUUGGCCACAGCACACAUCGACACAGAGGAUGCCUGCAAUAUUGUCUUGAGCAGUGGCGGCCGCACUUAUCACCUGAAAGCUAGCACAGAAGUGGAGCGGCAGAGAUGGGUCACGGCCCUGGAACUGGCCAAAGCUAAAGCCAUCCGCAUGAUGAACGAUCAAUCUGAUGACUCGGGGGAUGAGGAGCCCACAUCCCAGUCAGACCGCAGUGAGAUUCAGGGCACCCUGAAGAUACUCGUCAGCAAGCUCGAUGAUCUCAGCACAUGCAAUGACCUCAUUGCCAAGCAUGGGGCGGCUCUACAGCGUUCCCUGAGCGAACUUGAGGCUCUGAAAGUCCCUGUGGAAGGAGGAGAGAAGAUCAAAGCAGUCAACGAGCGAGCCACCCUCUUCCGCAUCACUUCCAAUGCUAUGAUCAAUGCGUGUCGAGACUUCCUGGACCUAGCAGAGACUCACAGUAGGAGGUGGCAGCGGGCGCUGCAGUAUGAGCGAGAGCAGCGUACACACCUAGAGGAGACUAUUGAGCAGCUAGCCAAACAGCAUAACAGCCUGGAGCGGGCGUGGAGAGAAGCACCCACGCUUGUUUCCAGCACACCUAGUGCCCCUACCACCAACAAGGGGAGUGAGAGGCCGCAUAAAGAAGAGGCAAGCGAUGAAGAUGAGGAUACUGAGUACUUCGAUGCCAUGGAGGAUUCCCCUGCAUUUAUAACAGUGACUGCCACUGAGAGCACACAGCACAGACGAUCUCAGAGUAAUUUGAGUGGAGCAAGUGGAGGUCAGCCCGGUGACUGGAACCAAGACGACCACAUGUCUCCAAGCUACAACAAUGUGUCAGGGAAGGAGCUGCAGCCCCGCAGACAGAGGCGGACUCAUAUCCCAGACAAACCCAACUACUCCCUCAAUUUAUGGAGCAUUAUGAAGAACUGCAUUGGCAAGGAACUCUCCAAGAUCCCUAUGCCUGUGAACUUCAAUGAGCCUCUAUCAAUGCUACAGCGUCUUACUGAGGACCUGGAGUAUCAUGAGCUUCUGGACAAGGCAGCGCGCUGUGAGUCCUCCCUGGAGCAGAUGUGCCUGGUCGCUGCCUUCACCGUUUCAGCAUACUCCACUACGGUCCACCGGACAGCCAAGCCCUUCAACCCCCUCCUGGGUGAGACCUAUGAGCUCGAUCGUCUGGAGGAGUUUGGCUACCGCUCGCUGUGUGAGCAGGUGAGCCAUCACCCCCCUGCAGCUGCACAUCAUGUGAUUUCCCAACGAGGCUGGACCCUGUGGCAGGAAAUCACUGUUGCCAGCAAGUUCCGUGGAAAAUACCUCUCCAUAAUGCCUCUGGGUGUCAUUCACCUGCAGUUCCACUCCAGCGGGAACCACUAUGUGUGGAGAAAGGUCACCUCCACAGUACAUAACAUCAUUGUGGGCAAGCUGUGGAUUGACCAGUCGGGGGACAUUGAGAUUGUGAACCACAGGACCAAGGAGACCUGCCAACUUAAGUUCUCUCCCUACAGUUAUUUCUCCAGGGACGUUCCACGGAAGGUGACAGGUGUGGUUGCAGACAGUGGGGGCCAGGCUCACUACAUCCUCUCUGGUACAUGGGAUGAAAAGAUGGAGAGUGCCAAGAUCAUUCACAGCAGCCGAGGGGGCAGUGGAUCAGAGGGCAAGCAGAAGACCGUCUAUCAGACUUUGUCCCCCAAACUGCUGUGGAAGAAAUACCCUCUCCCAAAGAAUGCUGAGAACAUGUAUUACUUCUCUGCGCUGGCACUGACCCUGAAUGAGCCAGAGGAGGGAGUGGGACUGACUGACAGUCGUUUGAGACCAGAUCAGAGGCUGAUGGAAGAUGGGCGAUGGGAUGAAGCCAACUCCGAAAAACAGAGGCUAGAAGAGAAACAAAGAGCCGUGAGGAGGAGGAGGGAAGCAGAAGCUUCAGAUGCUUUGGAUGAAGGUAGAGAAUAUGAAGGCUACCAGCCAUUGUGGUUUCACCAGAGGAGGGACUCAGUCACUGGAGAGAUAAACUUUGUAUACAAGGGAGGUUACUGGGAGGCAAAGGAGAGACAGGAUUGGAGCAAGUGUCCUAACAUCUUCUAACCCAGGACCUCGCCACGGAUCACACAUCUCUUCAGACAGGGAACUGCUCGGCCUCUGAUCCUUAAGUAAUGGGGCGUAGCUGGCUUAUGAGCCCUAUGCGGACAUUUGUGAGCGUGAGAAUGUGUAUGUUUCACACACUCGGAUUACAUUGUACCUCCAAAUAUACACUCUCACUACGAUGGGGAAGAAGGGGCAUUCCCCAGGUAGUCCUCUUAAACACUAUACUGAAACAGCAGUGAGGUUAUGUGUGUGGAAAACAAUAAAGGCACCUGCACACUCCUGCAGUCAGGUGCUAUGUAAAUACAACCCACAAUGCACUUUUCUGUGAUCACCCCAUUACUGAGUUUUACCAAUUGGAUUGAAAUCCAUAUCGAAGCACCUCAUUACGAUAGUCUGACAGCUAACAGGGACAAGUGAUAAAGAGGCACAUGAAUACAUGUCAUUAUUUCAGUGGAUACAAAAAAGAUGCCUUCAUUCUCUCUCUCAUUCAGCACAACUGAUUAUGACUGCUUUGUAAAUCUUAAAUUAGUUCCCUCUUGAUUUCAUAUGCUCAUAUUUACACUGUUUUUGUUGCUUAACAAAGAAGCUAAGGCCUGAACAUGAUGUCUGGAAAUUUAUUUUAGAUUCUGUUAAAAAUGAUGGAAACCAAAGUCUCACAUUAGACCCAAAUUAAAUAAAGAAGACAUCAUAUAAAUAACAACAGACAAAAUAUGUGAUAUAAUCUUAAAUUUGAGAGAAUUUACUUUUUUUUUUAACUCAGCACCUGUUAUGAGACAUUACUUCUAGCUGCUUAUUUUCACAGUAAUAUAUUUUGCUGUUGUUUUUCAUUCCAGCAGUUUUAUUUAUCACUGAUAUUUUCCCAUAAUGCCACUUUUCACCAAAAAAAUCUUCUGUUUCUUACUCAAGACAAACAGGGCAGAGAUAGUGAUGUGGUUGGCCACUGGGAAAAGCAACAUUGUGAAAUAAAUGUAAAAUAAAUAUAGAUUUUAAAAUGACAUUUUGAAAUCAUCUAAAUUGAUUAAAAUAUGCAGAAAUAUAUUUGGUGAGAAUGUUGUGGUUUCCAUCUAGAAACAAGCAGUUAGUUUGUCCAAGUAUAGUCCAUGUAGACAUACUAUAGCUGCUUAUCCAUUUCAUGUUUCAGUCAUCUAAUCAUGCUUCAGAGAUCUUCCCCUUGUAAUAAUGAUAAGCAAAAUUCUCCAGUGGUCAGUCCUUUAAUUGUACAGUACAACAUUACAACAUUGAACACAAAAUGUUCCGAUCACUCCAGUAGGAAUCUCCAUCAGAGAGCUGAAUAAAAUUUUUCACUGUGGCAGACUGUCGGUUAGUACAUAUCCCUGUGUUGAUGUUGAGAAAAUUUCUCUCUGUACAUGUACUUUGCCUUGUUCUCUGGUGCUCUACCAUAGCAACACAUACCACACCCUUGGUGACCAUUUUGAGAUCAUGCUCACUGAUCACACAAAGCAGUGUCUACACCAAAUCACUGAGACAUUCAGCAGUUACCACCCAGUACAUCUGUCCAGAGAGUCCCGAGUGGCUUUAGCUGACAGGAAGUCAGAGGUUAGAGAAGCAGACAGGGCUGGUUCCUGUACAACACCACUGUGGAGUCAGCUUUAGCUACUGAGGACUGCUUCAGCUGUCACUACAGGCUCACCACAAAUCACAUAUGUAAUCCUUUUCUUCAGUGUUUGUGGACAUGCUGAUCUGGGAUCAGCUCAUGAAGGUACCCUCAAUCUUUUGCCUUUGACUGACUGAACAAGGAAUGAGUCCUCUGACCUGUGCACUACACAUCUACGGUGAGAAGAGUUUGGAAAACCUCCUAGUAUUUUUUUGUAAUUACUGUUAGGAAUGUAGAAUUCAAGGCUGGAGGUAUUGUAAGUACCAUCUGGUCUCUCUGUGUGAAUUUUGUGAUAAAAGAACAAUACUAUAAAAUGAAGAAUAAUUAUACUAAUAUGUGUAUUAAGUUAUCUAUAUAGCAUAGUUAAAACCUGAAAAACUGAUUGAAUGAGCCUGAAGGAAUUGCUGUAAUUUUAACUUUUAGUUCACACUAGUUCUGAUAUAAUGGAGUUAAACCCGGAGGCACCCACAGUUUGACUGCAGAUUCAUCUUUUAUAUUUCCAAAAAUCUGUCUUGACACACUAAAAAUUAUUUUUUAUAAAGUCCUUGAUACUAGCAUAUUAGUAAAUGUGCUUCAAUUAUUUCAUCUGAUGUGCAGGUCAUAAAGAUGUGAAAAAAUACACCACUCAAUGACAGAGUUACGUAUGAUAAUAUGAGCUCUUAAGUGUAAAUGAUUCUUUACCAGUGAAUUAAUGAUUUGAUAAAGAAAUGAAUGAGUGAUGUCAUAUUUUGCACAAAAAUGCUUUUUAUCCAUUUACAUAAAAGGUUAUGCAUUUGUUCUUGUCAUGAGCACAAUUUGAUUAAUCACUGAAAUUUGCUAACAGCUUGUGAAAAGUACUGAUUUUGCAUAAUUUUUUGGCCAAAGCUAGAUGAGAGGCUCAAUACCUCCAUUGUGCUUGUAGCUAACCCGCCUUACUGUAUUUUGAACAGACCAGCACGAGAGUGGUGUCAGUCGUCUCAUCUGACUUUUGGCCAAAAAAUAAUAAUUAAGCAUAUUUCUGAAAAUGAUGAACAAUUUGUUUAAUUUUACUUUACCGCUUGGGUUCUCUUCUUGCCUGUCUGUGUUACAUAGUCUCAAACACUUCCAUUAGCAUGUACACAAAUACAAGCUAUUGACAGAGGAUGUGCACACUUUUAAUCACAUCAAGGGUGUCACAUAAAAGAUGGACACUACUGCAGCAAGACGUUUCAUGUUUGCUAUCUUGAAAAUUGUCUUUGCGGAUGGAUAAUUUUGUAUCAUCAUGCACAGCCAUGACAUUUAAAAGUACACAGAUCACUGCUGAAUGAUGGUGAAGAAGUACAAAUGAGUAGUUAUGAUUUCCUUUUUCAGCGAUCAAUGGGGUUCACUAGAUUUACUUUAAUAUAUUGUGUUUGAGAUGAUUUUAUAUUUGAGAGUACAUAUAUUUUGAAUGAUAAUGGAGAGCUCAUCAUACGUAUUAAUAUAUUUCCAAAUAACGUGACCUCAGUACUUCAUGGUGAUUUGCCUGCUGAAGUUGCCUCACCGAGGGCCUGUACAGUAUCGGGCAGCUGUAGCAAUAACAUGGUGACAUGUAGACUUGUUAGUUCUCGGCUGUUGCUUCAAACAGAACCAUUAUCUGCCUCAUGCAGAAAGGGAAAAACAACCAAAGUGUAUGUGGAGAGUGUACUGUAGACAUAAAAACCUCUUCAUCUACUUUCCCCAUGUCAAAGGGCCUAAUGUAAACCCCUCUCAUUGUUUCAUCUCAUCUCAUCCUACUUUUAAUUUGCUAUAGUGUGGUUGUUGUUUUUUAACAUUAAUUUUAAUGCUUUUAUUUUCUGUUCUGAUUUCUAUCUUCUCAUGGGUGCCAUUAUUCUUAUAUUAGUGUUUUCCUACUGUCUGUAUGGAUAAUGAGCUUGAUUGGUGUGCACGUGGGGCACACAUUUCCUUCUCAUUCAAUGCUGCUCAGUUUUGAGGCAGAAGUAAACAAAUUAAAAUGGGGAGAUUUUUCUUGCCUUGUCUAAACUGAACCCUGCUUCUCCUUAGACUGUGACUCACAGCUUUGUUGUGAGAUGGUGGUGAUGUUAAUAAUCUGUAUGGUGAUGAAAGUUAUGAGACGCAUCACAGCAGCGGCCUGGUUCUAGGAGGUCAAAGGUUAUUGACCUGCCUUGACUACUUCGCUUAUUCUCCCAAAUAUAUGUACAUGUAUUCAGGUGUAACUGCAGAUUCAACUGAGGUUUUGCUUCUUUUUUAAAUUGUGUACUUUCUCCCUUAAUUUAUACUUGUAUAACAAUGUCUUUAAACAACAGACACAAUAAUAACAAAAGAAGAUAGGAUAAUAAAGUUAUU